AACAUCUUCCUCAAGAAUUGAGAGAUAGGUUUACAGAAAUGCGAGAAAUGGAUUUAUCGGUUCAAAAUAAUAUGGACACAUUAGAAAAACGAGUUCGUACAUUAUUCGGUGGAUGUAGACGUGGUGAGAUAAACACCGACCAAGCCAAUACAGAGUUUACUGAUAUAAAGAGGGGCUAUAAUAAGACUCUUGAGGAAGCAGAUGAAAAAGUUACAUUAGCGAAUCAAAUGUAUGACUUGGUUGAUAGAUAUCUUCGGAGACUAGAUACAGAACUACAUAAGUUUAAAUGUGAGUUGGAAGCUGACAACAAAGGUAUAACAGAACUAUUAGAGAAGCGUUCUCUAGACCUUGACUCAAAUACCAACCACACUAGUACAUCAAACAAUAACCAUUAUAAGGACAACAGAUAUCGUAUUAGAGCAGAGAAACGCCGUGACAGCUGGGCAACCCGUGAUGCGCGCGCUCAUCAAAGCAAUGGCGGCAUUUCCAGAUCUGAAUCUGCUCUUCCAGCUGCUUUAGGAAGAGAUUCAUACUCGUUGGGUCAUGCUGGCAGUACUAUAGCGGCCGCUGCAAGUCAAGCUAUUGCAGCAACUCAGCAGAUGCAGCAGGGGCGGCGCACGGCGUCGCUGAAGGCGUCGUACGAGGCGGUGGCGGGCGAGCUGGCGCACCACCACGACCACGGUCAAACAAUCUCAACGGCACACGGUCAGAGUGCUGGGGCACACUCCACAUCUACUACAUCGAGCAAUAAGCGGCAUACGAAACAAAAAAAAAACACAUACAGCUCAUCAAGUAAUGUAUCAACGCUGCAUUCCCAACAAUCAGUCUCAGCAGCGGCUAGCCGAUCUUCAUCACCCACUGUUGGUGCAAUGAACACGGUGGUGAGCACCGUCGCCAUCGAGGAGCCCAUGGAGGAAGAGUGGACAUACGACCCCAACGAGCCCCGCUACUGUAUCUGCAACCAGGUUUCCUACGGGGACAUGGUCGCCUGCGAUAAUCAGGAUUGUCCAUACGAGUGGUUCCACUACCCGUGUGUGGGUAUCACUGCGCCUCCUAAAGGCAAGUGGUACUGCCCGCAGUGCCAGACCAACAUGCGGCGUAACCGCACUCACCGCAAGAACUGACAACACACUGUUCAACUACAUACAACUAUAUUAACACGUCCCUCAGACGAUUAGUUGCUCCUUGGGGAUUGGGGGUAAGGUCGGCAACGCGCUUGCGACGCUUUUGGUGUUGCAGGAAUCUAUAAGCUACGGUAAUCACUUA